AAAUAAUCUCCGAGCAAAUGUCCAUCUUCUUCGAGUCUGAAGCCUGCACUCAACACUACAUGCGCCCCAGCAUUGCUGCACGGUCAGUCUCCUAGCCCAACCACAACCAUGACAGUCGCUAAUAUGCAAAAAAUCCAGCCACGCCAUCUCCAAAAUCAUCUCCCUACCGGCACGACCACACCCACACCCACAACGCAAAAUGCGGUUCGCAGAUGUAGCAGUAACCUACACGGCGGACCAAUUCCACGGCCUCUAUCGCGGCGGCAAACCGCACCACGCACCGGACUGGGCACACGUCGUCGGGCGCGCCCGCGCCCACGGCUGCGAGAAGAUGCUCCUGACCACGAUGACCCUGGCCGGCGCAUCGCAGAACCUGGCCAUCACCCGCGAGUACCCGACCAUGUGCACCAUGACGCUCGGCGUGCACCCCUACCACGCCAGCGAGAUCUACGCCGACGAAGCCGCAGCCGCAGCCGCAACUGGCUCCUACCUCACCCGCCUCCGCGAGCUAGGCCACGCCCUCCUCGCCGCCACCACCACCACCACCCACCCGUCCCCGCUCGUCGCCUUCGGCGAGAUCGGCCUCGACUACGUGUAUCUCGACCGCGCCGACAAGGCGACCCAGCAGCGCGCGUUCCGCGACCAGCUGGAUAUCGCGGUGGAGCUGCAUCUCCCGCUCUUCCUGCAUGUGCGGGGCGAGGGGGCGUGCGAGGAUGUGGUGGCGAUCCUGCGGCCGUAUUUGCAGCGGCUGCCGGUUGGGAGGCGGGGGCUGGUGCAUUCGUUUGCCGGGUCGGCGGAGGAGAUGCGCGUGUUGGUGGGGCUGGGGUUUGGGAUUAGUGUCAACGGGGUGAGUUUUCGGACGGAGGAGGGGCGCGAGAUGGUGCGGCAGGUGCCGUUGGAGGUGUUGCAGAUGGAGACGGAUGCGCCGUGGUGUGAGAUUGUGGAGGAUGAGGCCAUCAAGCCGUUCUUGGAGGGGGCCAGACCCCUGCCCGCGGCGAGGAAGAGUAAUAGGUUUGUGGAGGGGUUGAUGGUCAAGGGGAGGAAUGAGAGUUGUACGAUGGAGCGGGUGGCGAGGGUGGUGGCGGGGUUGAAGGGGGUCGAGGUGGAGCUGGUUGCUGAGGCGGCGUGGAGGAAUAGUCUGGCCAUGUUUGGGUUGGGAGUAGGAGAUGGCGAGGGAGAGGGAGAGAAGGAGGGGGGUUUGAAGAAUUGAGUGGUUCCGUGGUUGGACUACUGUACAGUAUAUAUGCGUCAUGUGAAUAGUUAGAUUUUAGAACUGCUACGGCAGAUAGAGAGGUUGUUUACUGGUUUUGCUGUUUUCAUUGAGCUACGGCGCGCCUGGAAAAUGAGCCUCAUGUUGUUGCAUCGCUGUUGUUAGCGUCAGACUGUCCGUUGCUUGAUGGAAAUGCGAUAGAAACAGGAACAUGGAUAGCGAUCGCGAAAGACCACGAACUAUUCUUUGUCUAGGGGUACAAUGCCAUCCAUGUAUUGCGCGGCCGCAGUGCAAGCAUUCGAUCCACACACAAUUCCUUAGUUGCGGCCUGAUUACACGUCGCAGUAGAUGCUUUCGUCG